AUGACGCUGUCUGUACGUUGCGCUGUCGAGUUCCUCAUCUCUCGUGUUGGUGAAGACUGGAUCUUCCUCAUCCUCCUCGGUCUACUCAUGGCUCUGGUCAGCUGGGUAGUCGACUUCGCAAUCGUCUGUCUACAAGCACAGAAGUGGAUGUACGGAGGCUUGGAGAGUAAUGUGUUUCUCCAAUACCUGGCCUGGGUCACCUACCCUGUGGUGCUCAUCACCUUCUCAGCUGGCUUCACACAGAUACUGGCCCCACAGGCCGUAGGUUCAGGUAUCCCAGAGAUGAAGACCAUUCUGAGGGGUGUAGUGCUGAAAGAAUACCUCACCUUUAAAACCUUUGUGGCCAAAGUGAUCGGCCUCACCUGUGCCCUGGGCAGUGGCAUGCCUCUGGGAAAGGAGGGUCCGUUUGUUCACAUUGCCAGUCUGUGUGCUGCACUCCUCAGCAAGUUCAUGUCUCUGUUUGGUGGAAUCUACGAGAAUGAGUCGAGGAACAUUGAGAUGUUGGCAGCUGCUUGUGCUGUGGGGGUCGGCUGCUGUUUCGCUGCCCCUAUUGGAGGUGUGCUGUUCAGUAUUGAGGUAACAUCUACGUUCUUUGCGGUGAGGAAUUACUGGAGAGGGUUCUUCGCUGCUACCUUCAGUGCCUUCAUCUUCAGAGUCCUGGCUGUGUGGAAUAAAGACGAGGAGACCAUCACAGCUCUGUUUAAAACCCGUUUUCGUCUGGACUUCCCAUUUGACCUCCAGGAGCUCCCAGCCUUCGCUGUCAUUGGUAUUGCCAGUGGUUUUGGCGGGGCGUUGUUUGUCUACCUGAACAGACUGAUAGUCCAGUUCAUCAGGAAACAGAAGACCAUCAACAAGUUCCUCAUGAAGAAGCGUCUGCUGUACCCAGCCCUGGUCACUCUGCUGGUGUCUACACUAACCUUUCCCCCCGGCUUCGGACAGUUCAUGGCAGGCAAGCUGACCCAGAAGGAGUCCCUGGUGACGUUGCUAGACAACCGGACAUGGGCCAAGCAGGGCAUAGCCGAGGGGUUUGACUACAUCGGCAACUCCCAGGCCUGGAAUCACCCCCAGGUCAAUGUCUUUGUCACCCUCGUCCUCUUCAUCGUAAUGAAGUUCUGGAUGUCUGCUCUGGCCACCACCAUUCCUGUGCCAUGUGGAGCCUUCAUGCCCGUCUUCGUCAUUGGGGCAGCGUUUGGCCGUCUGGUCGGGGAGAGCAUGGCCGCCUGGUUUCCUGAUGGCAUCCACUCUGAUGGCACCAUCUACCCCAUAGUGCCAGGAGGGUACGCCGUUGUGGGUGCGGCAGCCCUGUCUGGAGCGGUGACCCACACGGUGUCGACAGCGGUCAUUGUGUUUGAGCUGACGGGUCAGAUCAGCCACAUCCUGCCGGUGAUGAUAGCGGUAAUACUGGCCAACGCCGUGGCCCAGUCCCUCCAGCCCUCGCUAUAUGACUCCAUCAUCAGGAUCAAGAAACUACCCUACCUCCCUGAGCUGGGCUGGGGACACCACGAGAAGUAUAAUAUACGUGUGGAAGACAUCAUGAUCAGGGAUGUGACCUACAUCACCCUCAACUGCUGCUACAGAGACCUGCAUGAUGUACUGCUGGCUGGACACCUAAAGACCCUGGCCCUGCUCGAGUCCAGUGAGUCGAUGAUCCUGCUGGGUUCUAUUGAGCGUGCCCAGCUCCAGGCCCUCCUGUCCCUACAGCUGGGCCGGCCACGGAGGCUGGAGUACCUGAGAGACCGAGCUACUGCUGAGAAGAAGCGCCUGUCGAUGGUCUCCCAUCCGGGCAGCGAGGACGGCUCCCAGAGGGUUAACCAGGAGGUCCGGUUCCAGAUCUCGACAGAGGAGUCUACCUUCAAAAUCUCCUUCUGUGUCAACCCUGAGACAGAAGGCCUGGAGGAUGACUUCGAUGUGGAUGAUGACAUGACCAUCAGAGAGAUUGCAGAGUGGGAGGAGAACCAGCUUGACGAGCAGGUGAACUUUGACAACUGCAAGAUCGACCCUGCCCCCUUCCAACUGGUGGAGCGCACCUCACUACAUAAGACCCACACCAUCUUCUCUCUGCUUGGGUUGGACCAUGCCUAUGUCACCAGCAUCGGACGACUCAUUGGAGUGGUGUCCCUCAAAGAGCUGCGGAAGGCCAUCGAGGGUUCUGUGGCGGUGAAGGGGGUGAAGGUGCGCCCCCCUCUGUCCAGUUUCCGGGACAGCGGCACCAGCGGCACCAGCAGCAGCAAUAGUGAGAACGAAGCCACAGAGCUCCACAAGCUGUGGGACCGCCACAAGUCCAUGUCCCUCCCCCGGGAGCACCUGGCCUCCGACUCUGAUGAGAAGUCCCAGUGAGGGGGAUGGGG